AGUCAGCGCGCAGAGGGGACCUAAGGGGCGCUUCUGCGCAGGCGUGGGCUCCUAAAUCUAUCCGGGAUCUGCCCCGGCUCUGUCCUUUCGUUCGUAGACAUGGGAACGCCACAGAAGGAUGUUACUAUCAAGUCAGAUGCACCCAACACCCUAUUAUUGGAGAAACAUGCAGAUUAUAUUGCAUCCUAUGGCUCAAAGAAAGAUGAUUAUGAAUACUGCAUGUCUGAGUAUUUGAGAAUGAGUGGUAUCUAUUGGGGUCUGACAGUAAUGGAUCUCAUGGGACAACUUCAUCGCAUGAAUAGAGAAGAAAUUUUGAUAUUUAUUAAGUCAUGCCAACAUGAGUGUGGUGGAAUAAGUGCUAGUAUUGGACAUGAUCCUCAUCUUUUAUACACUCUCAGUGCUGUCCAGAUUCUUACUCUGUAUGAUAGUAUCAAUGUUAUUGACGUAAACAAAGUUGUGGAAUAUGUACAAAGUCUACAGAAAGAAGAUGGUUCUUUUGCUGGAGACAUUUGGGGAGAAAUUGAUACAAGAUUCUCUUUCUGUGCAGUGGCAACUUUGGCUCUAUUGGGGAAGCUUGAUGCCAUUAAUGUGGAAAAGGCAAUUGAAUUUGUUUUAUCCUGUAUGAACUUUGAUGGUGGAUUUGGUUGCAGACCAGGUUCUGAAUCUCAUGCUGGGCAGAUCUAUUGUUGCACAGGAUUCCUGGCUAUUACCAGUCAGUUGCAUCAAGUAAAUUGUGAUUUACUUGGUUGGUGGCUUUGUGAACGACAGUUACCCUCAGGUGGACUCAAUGGAAGGCCAGAGAAGUUACCAGAUGUAUGUUAUUCAUGGUGGGUAUUGGCUUCCCUAAAGAUAAUUGGAAGGCUUCAUUGGAUUGACAGAGAGAAAUUGCGUAGUUUCAUCUUAGCAUGUCAAGAUGAAGAAACGGGUGGAUUUGCGGACAGGCCAGGAGAUAUGGUGGAUCCUUUUCAUACAUUAUUUGGAAUUGCUGGAUUGUCACUUUUGGGAGAAGAACAGAUUAAACCUGUUAGUCCUGUUUUUUGCAUGCCUGAAGAAGUGCUUCGGAGGAUGAAUGUUCAGCCUGAGCUAGUGAACUAGAUUCAUUGAAUUUGAGCUAGAUUCAAACGUUGAAUAGUAUAGUUUUGCCAUCUCAACAUUUCUCUGUUUGACGUGCUUAUCAAACUUAAAAAUUGCUGUUAAUACUUUGUAUAUUGUGUUAAAUUAAUUUCAGUAAAUCAUGUAAUUAUAUAUUUUGUAAAAUAAA